CAAAACUUAGUUUUUAGAAGCUACUGUCCCUGCUCUCGUAAGCGAAAUUGGUUACCGAGUGAGAGAAAGAGAAAAAAAAGAAUGGAAUUUGCGGAGUUGAGAGAAGCGAUAGAGAAAAUGGAGCUGGUGGAUUCUCAUGCUCAUAAUAUUGUUCCGUUUGAAUCCUCUUUCGCUUUCAUCAAUUCUUUGUCCGAAGCAACUGGCCAUGCCGUAUCCUUUGCUCCUCACUCCCUCUCUUUCAAGAGGAAUUUGAGGGAGAUUGCCGAACUCUAUGGCACGGAAUCAUCCUUGGAUGCUGUGGAACAAUAUCGCAGAUCCUCUGGAUUACAGGCCAUUUGCUCAAAAUGCUUCAAAGCUGCAGGAAUCUCUGCGAUUCUUGUUGAUGAUGGAUUGAAGCUUGACAAGAAGCAUGACAUUCAGUGGCAUAAAAAUUUUGUUCCAUUUGUCGGUAGGAUAUUGAGAAUUGAACGCCUCGCCGAGGAGAUUCUUGAUGGAGAGCUGCCAGAUGGAUCUACUUGGACAUUGGAUGCAUUCACUGAAACAUUUUUGAAAAGCUUGAGGUCAGUUGCAAAUGAGAUCGUUGGCUUGAAAAGCAUCGCUGCAUACCGCAGUGGUUUGGAAAUCAAUCCACAUGUCACCAGAGAGGAUGCUGAGAUUGGUCUUUCUGAAGUUUUACAAAGUGGGAAGCCUGUACGUGUUACAAAUAAAAGCUUUAUUGACCACAUUUUGACAUGUAGUUUGGAGGUUGCUCUACAGUUUGAUUUGCCAUUGCAGAUACACACAGGUUUUGGAGACAAAGAUUUGGAUUUACGACUAUCCAAUCCUCUUCAUCUCCGAACUCUUUUAGAGGACACAAGAUUUUCUGGCUGUCGCAUAGUUCUUUUACAUGCAUCCUACCCAUUCUCAAAGGAAGCUUCAUAUCUAGCCUCUGUUUAUUCCCAGGUUUACCUUGACUUUGGGUUGGCAAUUCCCAAGCUCAGUGUUCAUGGGAUGAUAUCCUCAGUGAAAGAGCUUUUGGAGCUAGCCCCCAUAAAGAAGGUGAUGUUCAGCACUGAUGCAUAUGCAACUCCUGAAACAUACUACUUAGGUGCCAAAAGAGCUCGUGAAGUUAUCUUUUCUGUUCUACGUGAUGCAUGCAUAGAUCGUGAUCUCUCAAUCGUUGAAGCUAUUGAAGCAUCAAAGGACAUCUUUGUGCAGAAUGCGAUUCAGUUAUACAAGAUUAAUUUAGGCAGGGAACUUUUUGAUUCAAAUGCUAGUGAAUCUCCCAGCUACAUGAUAGGGACAUAUGUCCCAGAACAUAGUGUUUCCCUUGUUCGUAUUAUAUGGGUAGAUGCUUCUGGACAGCAUAGGUGCCGUGUUGUUCCAAAGAAACGCUUUGACAAUGUUGUGAAGAAAAAUGGUGUUGGUUUGUCGUUUGCAUGCAUGGGAAUGACUUCUGCUAUUGAUGGUCCAGCUGAAGAGACUAAUCUGACUGGAACGGGUGAGAUCAGACUGAUGCCUGAUAUAUCAACUAGGAGGGAAAUUCCAUGGACUAAACAAGAGGAGAUGGUUUUGGCUGACAUGCACCUUAAACCUGGUGAAGCAUGGGAAUAUUGCCCAAGAGAGGCAUUACGAAGGGUUUCAAAAGUUUUAAAAGAUGAGUUCAACUUGGUAAUGAAUGCAGGAUUUGAAAAUGAAUUUUAUCUCUUGAAAAAGCUAGAAAGAGAUGGGAAAGAGGAGUGGGUGCCAAUUGACUCAAAACCUUACUGUUCCUUUUCUGGAUUUGAUGCUAUCUCCACAUUAUUUCAAGAAAUUAUUGCAGCUCUAAAUUCCUUGAAUGUUGUUGUUGAGCAGUUGCAUGCAGAAGCUGGAAAAGGUCAGUUUGAAAUGGCUCUGGGGCACACUGCUUGUACAUAUGCUGCUGACAAUUUGAUUUUCACGCGUGAAGUUGUUAGGGCUGUUGCAAGUAAACAUGGGCUGUUGGCUACUUUUGUCCCGAAGUAUGCUUUGGAUGAUAUAGGUUCUGGAUCCCAUGUGCAUCUCAGUUUAUGGCAGAACGGAAAAAAUGUUUUUGUGGCAUCUGAUGCAUCUUCUCAGCAUGGAAUGUCUAAAGUUGGGGAGGAGUUCAUGGCAGGGGUUCUAUAUCAUCUUCCUUCAAUUUUGGCAUUUACAGCACCACUUCCAAAUAGUUAUGAUCGCAUACAACCUAAUACAUGGAGCGGAGCAUAUCAGUGCUGGGGAAAAGAAAACAGAGAAGCUCCUUUAAGAACUGCAUGCCCACCUGGGAUCCCGAAUGGUUUUGUCAGCAACUUUGAGAUUAAAUCUUUUGAUGGAUGUGCCAAUCCGGACUUGGGCUUGGCUGCUAUAAUUGCAGCUGGAAUUGAUGGCCUGCGAAGGCAUCUUCGUCUGCCUGGCCCUAUUGAUGCAAACCCAGCUACACUCGAGGGGAAACUUCAGAGGCUGCCUAAAUCACUCUCUGAAUCUUUAGAAGCUCUUCAGAAGGACAAUGUCGUGAGGGAGCUGAUUGGUGAAAAGCUUUUUGUGGCUAUAAAAGGAGUUCGAAAGGCAGAAAUUGACUACUAUUCAAAGAAUAAGGAUGCAUACAAGCAACUUAUACACCGUUAUUAAGCUGAUGAAUCGAUCUCCAGACAGAUGGGGGCAGAAUAAGCAUUUUGUCACUCUUCCUUUAUGCAAACUCUUUGAUCCGUGUGCUUGGUUAGGCCCAAUGUGUUUUUAGAGGACAUUGGGUGUGCCAAUCAUGAGGAAAUAAAUAAUGCUAGUUGGCCCUCACAAUAACAUCAUGGUUAACAAUCUGGUGAUGCUGGCUACUUUUAUAUUUAUGCAUAUAACAUUUUGUACUAUAAAGUUUAUCUCAAUACGUGUUCUUAAGCUUAUCA